AUGUCAGCAUUCAAUAAAAACAAUGUUGAUCAUUUUUACAAUAAUCUUCAUUCGACAUUGAUCAAACAUCCCCAGAUUGCUGAACAUCAUCCGGAGAAGUUACAAGAUACAAUUUCAGUUGAACCUGGUUUUGCUGCUGAUGUUGCCAAGCAAAGCUUUCAAACUUCCUGUGAUGAAAACCUCAGUAGUAUGGUGGCUAUUACCCCUGAAUCAGUUCGUCCGUAUCCAAAAGCUCCAGCUCGUCAGGUACGUAAAACUAAACGUAAGAAAUUAACUUCCAGAGUGUUAACCGACACCCCAGUUAAAGAAGAGCUUCGCGUGCAGCAAACUCGUGAAGAGAUAAAAAAACGUCCCAUCAUGAACAAAAGGAAAUUGCAACAAAAUAAAAAAAAUCAAAUAUCCGAAGAGAGCAACAGAGUAACAAAAAAAAAUAAAAUUAAAAGACAAUUAUAUGCUGAGAAGGACAUAUGCGUCAUGUGUGGUGAGGCUGGCCGAGACAACUAAAUGUGGUUUCGUUGCAGAAAUUGUGCCAAGUGGGCUCACGAGCUCUGCACGAGUGUUUCUAGUGCAGUUGAUUACAUUUGCGAAUUUUGCAUACAUGAAUAAUCUUAUUAUUUCAAUUUUUGUUUCAAUUAAAAAUACUUCAAAUGUGUUUAUUUCCAUGAAUUUGUUGCUAUUCUUUAAUGGUCCAUUUGGUACUUUACCCGGUCCAUCCAGUACACCGCUAUUGUACCGAAUGGACCACCAAAAAAAUUGGAACAACC